UCCGAAGUACGGCGCCUUUUUAGGGUAUACUGUAUGCCGUAUAUAUAAUGUGGAACACUAUUUAUUGUCCUAUUGAGGAAAGGCACAUAGAUACAGAUCAGUGGUACAGUAGUCACCGGUGUGGCGAGCAGACGCACUGGGUUUCUAGGCUUCGCGCCCCAGCAGGUGGAGCUGCGGCUGGUUUCGCUGGUCCCGCCCCGGCGCCGCUCCUCCAAUAAGGACCAGCAGCCUCACGCGCACGGCGAGGCAUACAGGCCGAAAGAGAAGAGGGAGACACCGGGAGAGAAGUAAUUACACCGGCACCGGGGGGGGUGAGAUUCAGUGGUGUGCAGGACUGUUUCAUUAAAAAUACUAAGAACCCCGGCGGAGUAAGACGGAGAUUCGGAGCUGAGACGUUUGUUGUUUAGCGCUGCGGAUCCGCACCUGCAGACUUACCUCGGCAGCUGCCGGAGGGGGGAUUCCUUCAGCCACCGAGACUGUGCCUGCGGUGCGAGGAAGGGAGGCAGGGUGCACGCUGUAGGAGCGCUCCACUGCUGACGGCUAGCAGCCCUGCUUCAUCCCCGUGUCCCGCUCUGAGGCAGGAGGCAGUCUGACUGGGGAGGCCCGGCGUGUGCGGGGACAUCCUCUCCAGGCACACCUGGAGGAGAGGAGGGGGGUCGCUGUCACACUAAAACGCGUACACGAAGCCACUCGGAGAGACGGCACCGCUGCAUGGAGGUUUUUUCUGUUUUUCUGAAGGAGAAUGCUGCGACCUUUUAAAAAGACUUGGGGAAUGUACAGGACACAGCCUGCCAAGGAUUUGCUGCGCUCGCUGUCUGUGUGCAUCAAUUCAGUAGAUCGGUUUAAAGUCACUGGCGUGGUAGUCGUGCUGCUUUUUCCUGUGUAACAGACGGAGGGGGAGAGAAUUGUGACCCUGGGUUAAUAUUCGGGUGUCUUGACUGCUCUGUCCUGGGAGUACAUUAUUCGUUAGGUAAACGCUUGUGUCGUGCGGUGAAGUAAAGGGAGAUGUAAACGCUGCUGAAAGGAUUUUAAAGAUAAGUGUUUGCUGUGGGAUUAACAACAUGGACCGGGCCGAGCCGGACCAGGAGUCCAGUGAUCCCUCAGUCAUUGGGGCGGCCGGGCCGAACCGGCUCCGACCUUCUUCGUACCGGGCUCUUAGAAGCGCCGUAUCCAGCCUGGCCCGCAUCGAUGACUUCUACUGUGAGAAGAUUGGCUCCGGCUUUUUUUCGGACGUGUUCAAGGUCAGGCACAGGAUCACUGGCCAGGUGAUGGUGCUGAAGAUGAACAAGCUGGCCAGCAACAGAGCCAACAUGCUGAGGGAGGUGCAGCUGAUGAACCGGCUGUGCCACCCCAACAUCCUGAGGUUCCUGGGGGUGUGUGUUCACGAGGGCCAGCUCCACGCUCUCACCGAGUACAUUAAUGGCGGGAACCUGGAGCAGCUGCUGGACAGCGAUGUGUACCUGUCAUGGGCGGUGAGGAUGGGGCUAUCUCUAGACAUCGCGCGGGGACUGCAGUACCUGCACAGCAAGGGCAUCUUCCACAGGGACCUCACCUCCAAGAACUGUCUAGUGCGCUGUGAGAAUGGGCUCUUCACUGCUGUGGUGGGAGACUUCGGGUUGGCAGAGAAAAUCCCUGACUACAGUGAGGGUGUGGAGAAGCAGCCUCUGGCCGUAGUGGGCUCCCCCUACUGGAUGGCUCCAGAAGUGCUGAGAGGAGAGCUGUACAAUGAGAAGGCGGAUGUCUUUGCCUACGGGAUCAUCCUAUGUGAGAUCAUCGCUCGGAUACAAGCCGAUCCGGACUUCCUCCCACGCGCUGAGGACUUCGGUCUGGAUGUAGAGUCUUUCCAGCACAUGGUCGGUGACUGUCCUCCCUGCUUCCUGCAGUUGGCUGUGAACUGCUGUAAUAUGAGUGCAGACCAGCGUCCCUCCUUCUCCGACAUCGUGGUGGAGCUAGAGAGGAGAGAGCGAGAGAAGCAAAUUCUGAAGGAGGAGAGCAAGGAGCCUGCAGCAGGAGAUGGCAGCCCGGUGAGGCCCCUGGUGGCCCCUGGCUCCAGCCCGGCUCGGCGGCGCUCUGUAGGCCUACCACAUGACAGGGGGCUGUCCCGCAGCCAGUCAGACAUGCUGCCCCCCAACUCUCCUCCCCUGCUCUCAGGCACGCCUGCCCGGGUCAACCCCUUCUCGCAGCGCCACGAUCUGAACGGCGGCAAGAUCAAGCUGUUCGACACGCCCAGCAAGUCGGUCAUCUCUCUGACCUUUGCCCUGCCUCCGCCCCCUGAUCCCUUCACUGGGUCCUCCCCCACGCCCCCUGAUCUCUGGCAGGACUCCAGAGGAACCCCCCGCCGCUGUCGCUCACUUCCCUGUACCCCUGAGCUACCCCGUCCUCUGCGCCCUGUUGUGGCCCCCACUGAGAAGCAGGGUACCCCGGGACAGCAAAGCAGGGGGGUGAUGAUUGUCAGUACCUUCCAGGACAGAGAGGGCAAAGGACAGGAAAUCCCAGAGGAUGUUGGGCAGAUGUUUGGGCCGGGACACUGGGAUGAGCCCAUCAGGAGGCAGCCUGCUGUGAGGCCUCAGGACAUCGGGGGGAGAGGGCAAAUAGCACAGGAUCUGGGUAGCGGCGGCGAAACGACAGAGGAUUCUGGGACCCCUGUGGAUCUGGAGCUGGUGUCCCUGGAAAUGCUGGGGGAGGGUGAGCUGGAGACCCUCUGCUUGGGGGAGCCCAUGGACUGUUCAAGCAGCCCGGACACCCUGGAGGGCUCUGUCUUCCUGGAGGGGACCCCUGCAGGCCAGACCUGGCUCACUCCUCCCUCCCCAUCAUCCUCCAUCCUGGCCAACGGCUGGGAGUCGCCGGUCUUCAACGGCCCGCCCUCGCUGCCCCCCCUCCCUCCCCUUGACAACAACAACACCACUGUUGUGGUCAGCCGGCCAUUGGGCUGGGGGGGCAAUGGCUACCAUGGCCACACUGGAGGCCCAGCCUAUCCAUUGCACGGGUCCAGCACAGCCACCCUGGAGCAAGAUGAGGUCAUUUCCUGUCCGGGCUGCUGUCUGGCAGGGUUCAGCUUCCCCUCCGCCUGUCUGCGCCCCUCCCGGAGGAAUCCCCCCCCCUACAAGAACUUGAACGGAGAGGCAGCACGAGGGCUACUGUGUCGAAACGCCAAGACCUUGGGACCCUCUCAACAUACCCCCGGACACAGCGCCGAACCCAGCCUGCCCCUACCAGAGGCGCAGACGUAGAGAGGCACCACUUGGUGCUUCAGGAGGUGCUCUGGAGGUCCAAACUGCUGUUGUUCUUGGUAUAAAUAUUGGUCUCUUGUUCAUAUUUUCUCUGGGGUGGUGAAAUGUAAACUGGCUCCUGGACUCUGGGUGACUGUACCUGUGCAGCAUAUUCGGUUAAGAGGCAGAAUUUCCUCAGGAGUUAUAGCAGGAGUGAGAGAGGAGAUGAGAGGGAGGGAUUUUCCAAGAGCCUGAGAGAAAAUUGUUAACUCCAGGGUCCAGCACUGUCUCUAAGUGGAGGAUUCAGCCCGUUCACUCCCACGUGUCCCUCUGAGUAGCUUUGCUCCUUGACGAACCCCUGACAGGUGAUCCUUGAGUGUGGAGACCCCAGCUCAGGAGAGACAGACUUGUCUGUCUGGUAUCAUUAAUGUGAAACCAAAGUCCAGGGUCACUCUGGCAUUGGUUUUGUUCGUAGAGUAAACCAUUAGUGCAGUGCUAUUCAGAUCUACUCCUUAAUGUCCAGAAGGUCACUUGACAGGCUGGAGACAGUACUGCAGGAGGGGGUAGGAGCAGGAGCCAAGCAUUGCUUGGAGAAAUAUCGAAUGCAGGCAUAGAGGAAUGGAAAAUGGAAAGGAAACUGAGACAUAAAGCAUGUACUCCACAGUGCCAGGGUCCACUUGUAUGCCUUCCAGGGCUUUGUUGUCACACUCCUCGCACUAUUCACUCCUUGUUCUUUAGAUACAAAGUGCUGGUUUCUGGCCACUGAAAUAAUUUACUAGAAGAUGAACUAUUGAAACUGCAAUUUAUUGGUGUAUGACAGAAAAGUGGUCAGUGUGGCAUGAAAAACUUAUUACUCCCACUUUAUAGUACAGAUUGCACUCUUUUUCAUGCCACACAGUCCAUUUAGGUUAACCAGCUGGCUCUAUGCUAUGUAUCGGUGACCCAGUCCUGGCACUGCAUACUGUAGCUCUGCCCACAGUCUUGCUGACUGAGCACCAAACACAAUUUGCCCAGGGACUGGGAAUGACCAUUCAUGGCAUUGCAUAGCUCUGCCUGUAGUCUCAGAUCCAGUACUAUACAAAUCUGGCCACAGUUUGGGAGUAACCUACUCCUGGCUCUGCACAGCUCCGCCCGCCUGCAGUCUCUGUGACCCAAUCGUGGCUCUGCACAGCUCCGCCCACGGUCUUAAUGUCCCAAUCAUGGCUCUGCACAGCUCCGCCCACGGUCUCCCUGACCCAAUCGUGGCUCUGAUCAUGCUCUGCCCACAGUAUCGAACACAUUGCAAGUGAAAUGGGGGAUCUUUUCUAUUUAUUUUAGAAAAAAUAGAUAAGAAAAUAAUGCAAUGAAAAAUGUAUAUUUUUUGUUACUAGAAUUUAUAUUCUACAUCCUGACUGCUGUACAGUAAAAUGUUAAAGACUGCUUGAAACCCUGAAUGCCUACUCUUUGUCCCCAAGUUUGAUGUAUUUAUUUCUCUGGUUUGAGCAGGAGCCUGGAGGUGAGCUGGUGGUCCUGUCUGUCCACUGACUGCAGUGUCUCUGUGUCAGCAGUCAUAGAGCCGUGAUCACAGCGCAGCUCCCUCCGUACUCAAAUGUGCAGCAUGUUUCAUUGCAUAGAACUAUUUAAUCUCCACAUAAAAACUUGUAUUAGUUUUGUGAAAGCUGCGUGAGAUACUCUGCAACUGUAAGGUGCAGUUUUCUUGCUGGGGAAAUAGCAAGUGUAAACUCAGUAUGAUGGGUAGUGUUUCCAGACUCUGACCCAGAGACAAUGAGACUGAGAGACACACCGGCCAACCUCCAGGACCAUCCCUAACCCUGAUGUCUAGCACUUAUGGCAAAGAACAGCUUUAAUGAGUUCAGAUGAAUAUUAACUUAAAUGAACCAAUAAAAAUAUGAAGAGGAAA